CUCGUUUUAGCUGGCAGCGGGUCAGUCAGUUUACCUCUUACAUGAAAAAAUAAAUUCAGUCAAUUUCUUUUCAAUUAAAAAGCAAUUAAAUUAGAAAUAUCCAGUAUGAAGGUAUUGUGGAAUAUAAUUUCUAUCGUCUUCCUUUGUGCAGUCUGUGAUGCAUCAUCUUUAAAAACAUAUUACAUGAACACUGCUGGCAAUGUAAUUACAUUACCGAGCGCAAGUUCUGGGAAAAAAUCAUCUGGAAUUUUGAAAUCCCAUGAAAAAGUUUCGUACGACACGUCCAACAGAACGUUAACAAUCACAGCACCUUAUGGAUUAGUGGCAAGCAUUCGUCUUUUAGACUUACGGCCCAGAUGUCAAGAUGUUUUGAAGCUCUAUGAACCUAGUCAUCUUUCCAAUGAGAUAUCCGCGUGUAACCAGUUUACAUAUCGCAGUCGAGAAGAAGAUGUGUAUGAGAGAAAGAAAGUCUAUGCUUCAAGUGGCACACUGAUAGUGAUGUUCAGCCAUACACGCGGCGGUAGUACCUUUCCGUACGAUGGAUUUCAGCUUACUUUUACAAGUGUAAGAAAUUAUCCAUGCGGCUCCCAUGAAUUUCAGUGUAAUAAUUUCAAAUGCAUUUCUGAAAAAUUGACAUGUGAUGGACACAAUCAUUGUGGUGACAGCAGUGAUCAGUUCGACUGUAGUCGAAAGAUGAUAUCACCAGGGAAAAUAAUUGGUAUUAUUUGUGGCGUUGUGUUUCUUGUCAUUGCUGCAGUGUGUGGAUGUUAUAUUAUAGGAAAGAGAAGAAUGAAGAACCAAACAGAAACUACCCUUAUUCACCAACCAGCUUAUCCAGCAACAUAUCCACAAACAGCACCUUACUAUCCUCCACCUCCACCAUAUACUCAAGUUCAUAAUAAUCUAAAUUAUAGGUAGAAUAGACUCUAAAUUAAGCUCAUAAAAACGCUUUCAUUUCUUUCAAAUUCAUUUAAUUUUCAUAUAAUUUAUCCUUAUUUAAAUACUUUGUCAUUAAAAAAGUAUUAAAAUUUAAUUGCCUUUCACGUAUAUUUAAUGCUUUUAUUAUGCCAAACUUUAAAUAAGUUUUUGUGACGAGUGUAUAUCUACUAUUGCAAUUUCUAUUAUAAUAAAUAAUGUUUUAUGAAAUUAAA